AAAACUCUUCAGAAUACCAAAUUCCAAGUUAGAAUAUAAUUAGGGCGUUUAACAAAAAAAGGUCAUUUGGGAUCACUUCAAUUCGUGAGCAAUCCUCUAGCUGUCCUGACUGUCCAUAUUCAGCGCGUACGAAUUGAAGUACCAAAGGCAUUUCCCUACGUACACACGGACGUCGAUAUUCUCCGCCGGCCUUCCGUCCGACAAUGGCCGCCGCAGCACCGGCGUUGAGCUUGAAGCUCCUCAUCGACAAGAAGGCCCAAAAAGUGGUGUUUGCGGAAGCCCAGAAGCCAUUCGUGGACGUUUUGUUCUACCUCAUGUCAUUACCGCUGGGGACCGUCAUAAACCUCGUAACCGAGAAAUCCAUGGUGGGUGCGCUUGGCAAACUCUACGGCAGUAUCGUGGACCUCAGCGAGACUUACUUGCAGCCAGGAACGAACAAGGAAACCUUCUUGAGCCCGAAAGUGCAGACACCAUUUCCUUCAGAAAUGCCACCGCUCCCCUUGCCGGCGGCGGCUGAUCCGGUGGGUAACAAGCAGGUUUAUGUUUGUCCUCGCUACGACUCCCACAAUUAUAAUACAGGUUAUCGAUGCCGCACCGCUGCACGGUACUCCAAUGACGCGGCAGCUUGUUGUCCGGACUGUAAGUCUUACAUGAACGCACUGAUGAGUUACGUUCCUGCUGUGACUGCGCCGGCGGCGGCGGAGGCCUCUUCCAGUAAGGGUGAAGGAGGUGGGUAUGUGAGGGGUGUGGCGACGUAUAUGGUGAUGGAUGACCUCAAGGUGAUGCCACAGUCAACAAUUUCUACCAUUACCGCCCUGAAUGAGCAAAACAUCAAAGACUUUGGAUCCCUUGAGGUUAAAGUUGUCAACUUGGGAGUUGAUGCGGGAUUGAAAUUGCUGAAGGCUUCUCUACAAACUGAGUCAGUUCUCACCACUGUCUUCCUUGGGAAGUAGGCACAAUCCAUUCAUGAUUCAUCCACGUUUGGUUGGUUACGUUAUGAACGUUCUUGAUGUAUUUCAAUUUAGUAUUUGUGAUUUGUCGUGUGCUAAAAUCUACACGCGGUGCACUUUUUCUUGAUUCAUGCUUAUGAACAAUCUUCUCAACACUUCUAUCAAUUUAAUUAGUGCUCAUCAUGAUUUCAGUUUUCCAAUAAGUUCUGCUCUGAUCUCUCUUUUCAUCUGCGGGAAGGAUGUAAAAGUAAAGUUUAGCAAAUGCUAAAACUUUUGGGAAUUU